AUAAGACAUCAAACCGCUUCUCCUUACUCGGAAAAGGCACAAAAAGGUUUCAAGUUUGGUCUCAUCUCAGGCCAAAACAGCUCCAAAUGGUUAUCGAUUUCUAGGUGCAGGAAUUAAUCUUAGGGGCAGGAAAACUCAAGCUCUGUUGUUACAAAAAAAAAGAUGGCAGAAAGGGUAGAAGGAUCUGUAACAGAAGGAGAGAACACGAUAGAAGAAAGACACGUAGGAGCUAUGUGGGAGCUAGAGCAGAAACUUGAUCAACCCAUGGAUGAAGAAGCUAAUAAGCUCAAGAACAUGUACAGAGAAAAGGGCCUAUCCAUGUUGAUGCUACUAAGACUAUCAUUCCAAAGCUUAGGGAUAGUUUAUGGAGAUUUAGGGACUUCUCCACUGUAUGUGUUCUACAAUACAUUCCCUGAGGGGAUCAGUGAUAGUGAAGAUGUACUCGGAGCUCUUUCUUUGAUUAUUUACUCUCUUCUCCUCAUACCUCUCAUCAAGUAUGUCAUCAUUGUCUGCAAAGCUAAUGACAAUGGUCAAGGUGGGACUUUAGCUAUAUACUCGUUACUUUGUAGACAUGCUAAAGUGAAACUAAUCCCGAAUCAGCGACGUAGCGAUGAGGAACUCACUACUUAUAGUCGAACGUUGCUCCCUGAAGGGUCUUUUGCUGCUAAGACAAAGAAGUGGUUAGAGAGUAAAGAAUCGAGAAAGAAAGCUCUUCUGUUCAUUGUUCUUCUUGGAACUUGUAUGAUGAUUGGUGAUGGUAUCUUAACACCAGCUAUCUCAGUUCUUUCAGCUACUGGUGGGAUCAAAGUUAUCAGUCCAAAGAUGAGCGGCGAUGUUGUUGUGCUUGUGUCUAUCAUCAUCUUAAUAGGACUGUUCAGUAUGCAACACUAUGGUACAGACAAAGUAGGAUGGCUCUUUGCACCUAUAGUCUUUAUAUGGUUCCUCUUCAUUGGAGCCACUGGAAUUUACAACAUCUGCAAACACGACACAAGCGUUUUGAAAGCGUUUUCGCCGACAUAUAUCUACUUAUACUUCAAAAGACGAGGACUAGAUGGUUGGAUAUCACUAGGUGGCAUUCUUCUCAGCAUAACAGGCACAGAGGCACUAUACGCAGACAUUGCUUACUUCCCGUUACUAGCCAUACAGCUCGCUUUCACGCUCUUGGUGCUCCCUUGUCUUCUUCUUGCGUACUGUGGACAAGCUGCUUAUCUUGUGAACAACAAAGAUCAUUACAAAGACGCGUUCUAUGCAUCUAUGCCUGGGACUGCUGUUGUGCUUGUGAUGCUUGCGACAACAUUAUUAAUGGUGCUGAUCAUGCUUCUAGUGUGGAGGUGCCACUGGAUCCUUGUCCUAUUAUUCGCUGUCCUCUCACUAGUUGUGGAGUUGUCUUACUUCUCGGCCGUGAUAUGGAAGAUAAAUCAAGGAGGAUGGGUUCCGCUCAUCAUAGCAGCCGUCUCUCUUCUUGUUAUGUCGGUUUGGCAUUACGCAACAGUCAAGAAGUACGAGUUUGAAGUGCAUAGUAAAGUCUCCAUGAGUUGGAUACUUGGUCUUGGUCCUAGUCUUGGUCUUGUUCGUGUCCCAGGGAUAGGGUUAGUCUACACGGAGUUAGCUAGUGGUGUACCACACAUCUUCACUCAUUUCAUCACUAACUUGCCUGCGACACACUCAGUUGUUGUCUUUGUUUGCGUUAAGUACCUUCCGGUUUACACUGUUCCUGAAGAGGAGAGGUUUCUUGUCAAAAGAAUUGGACCAAAGACAUUUAGAAUGUUCCGUUGCGUAGCCAGGUACGGUUACAAAGAUCUACAUAGGAAAGAUGAUGAUUUCGAAAACAAACUGUUGAACAACCUCUUUGCCUUUAUCCGAAUCGAAACUAUGAUGGAGCCAGGUUCAAACUCAAGCACAUACAGCAGUGUCUAUUCACUCAGCCAUACACUAGAGUCUAGAGAUAAAUUGAUCCAUAACAACCACCACAGCAGCAACAACAACAACAACAACAUUGAUGAGUUCUCAUCGAUGGUGGACCUCACGGUAUCGACAUUAGACACGAUAGUUCCUGCUGAUAAUAGGAUGAGUUUCAGUCAGAACAACACGGUGGAGGAAGAGGAGGAGGAUGAAUUGCAGUUUCUAAAGACUUGUAAAGAGUCAGGGGUUGUUCAUAUCAUGGGAAACACUGUGGUGAAAGCAAGAAAUGGAUCAUGGCUUCCUAAAAAGAUAGCGAUCGAUUAUGUUUAUGCGUUUCUUGCUAAGAUUUGUAGGGAGAAUAGUGUUAUCUUGCAUGUUCCUCAUGAAACCCUUUUGAACGUUGGCCAAGUCUUUUAUGUUUAG